AUGCCUAGUAGUAGUAGUAGUGUCGCCCUUCCUAUUGACAUUGCCGGUAUUUCUUCUUCUACUAAUUGUCCAACAGGCAAUGUCGCUUUAUCUUGUGACACUAUCAUACAGAAUACUACUUCUUCUAUUUUACUGUCCACAGCUAUGGUGAAGGUUGUGAGCGAUGACGGUGAGAAGUUCGACGCCAGGAUCCUACUCGAUAAUGGUAGCACAGCCAAUUUUAUUACGCAGACGCUUAGUAACAAGCUGAGAUUGCCUCGGCGGAACAUUAACUCCACAAUAACAGGUAUAAAUAGUCAAACAUCAAGUAGUACACAAUCUUGUAAUCUUACUAUUAUAUCACGAGAUGACAAUUUUAAAAUUAAUAUUGACUGCUAUAUUCUGCCUGAAAUUACAAAACUGUUACCUCCAGCUUCAAUUGACAUUCGCAACAUUCCUAUACCUUCAAAUUUACAGUUAGCCGACCCUUCUUUCUAUUGUCCGUCAGCUAUUGACAUAUUAGUUGGUGCUGAAGUAUUUUGGGCGGUUCUCGGUAGUGCAUCUAUUAAACUCGGUAAAAACCAACCUACAUUAUAUGCAUCUAAAUUCGGUUGGAUAGUUACCGGUCCUGUGAUUGUUUCUUCAAAGUCUUUCUCAACGAAACAAUCGCAUUAUUGUAAUCUACAAACUAAUGAAUUAAACUUAAAUUUAAAUAAAUUCUGGGAGUUGGAUUCGGUUCCUUUAAAAUAUAGUUGGUAUAGUUGGUUCCUUUAA